UUAUCAGAGUGUUGUUUGGAGAUAUCUUAUUGGCCAAUUGCGCGCCAUCUUCUUUCCGAAUAAGGCAACCAUGUUGCCACUGAAACGCUUGCCUUCUCGUCAUGGAGGGAUGCCAAGCGCUGUCGUUCGACCCUACAUUCCAUUCGCGCUUAACCCUUCUCUCAUCCUCGUCUACUUGGCUACCUCCUACGCAUCUCUUUUCCCUUUCUCCUUCUGCGUCCCAACUUCAUGUCGACUAUCGAUGAACCCUUGGUCUCAGAGACUAGUGCCCUGCUCGAGGGCACGGCCGUAACAAAAGCACCUCAGGAGCAACAGCGGCUUCCGAGGUGGUACUGGCCAUGGCCGCCACGGUACUGGGCUACCAUCCCAGUCAUCUUCCUAGCAGGUCUUACUAUGGGCCCCCUCGUACCACUUACACCCCCAUUCCUCAAGUAUCUGUUCUGUGAACGAGGCAUCCCCACAUUGUUCCCAAUCCACAAUAACAGCACCUUUGGUGAUCUGCCGACCAACGACGAUGGUCAUUGUGACUCUGCGGAGUACAGUAUUGCAAUUGCAAAGUUCGCAGGCAUCAACGCCUCAGCAGCAGCCGUUCUUAUUACGUUGACGGUCCGUUUCUGGUCUGGACUGGGUGAUCGCAUCGGGCGCAAGCGAGCCAUGCAAAUCUGGGCUGUUGGCACUGCCACCGCGCAACUCUUCCCAUUGAUGGUCUACUAUCACAAAGGCAUCAGUCUUUACUUCAUAUGGAUCGGCGGUCUCGUCGAGGGUUCAGUAGGCUCGGUUCUUUCACUCAUUGCCAUCACACAUGCAUAUGCAGCGGAUGUCACCGACCCCGAAGAACGCACCGUGGUGUUUGGGCGAAUCAUUGGGAGCUACUAUACUGGUAUCGGCCUAGGAAGUGUCCUCGGAGGAUUGGUUGCCAAGCAGUUUGGCCUAAUUGCGGCCUUUUGGAUGCUUCCAAUUCUCGCGUUCUUGAACAUCUUCUACAUCUCCAUCAUCCCUGAGUCCCUGUCCGUGGCCACGCUUGCCGAAAACAACAGCCAGUAUAAAAGCCUGAGGAACUCGCAGAGUCAAUCCACUCUUGCUGUCCCAGUCGACCGUGCAAAUGAAGAGUCGAGCUCACAGAGUUCAGGGCAGCCGCGUCCUGUGGCCAAAAACAACAGAGUACCUUAUUCGGACCAGGUCAAGGCCUUCAUCAGAGGACUCGUGCCUGAGCAACUCCCAGGCGGAUUGGCAGGAAAAUACAGCGCGUUGAUGCUGAUGUUCAUUGCUUUCUUGGUUCUUAUGGCCGUUAUGGGUGCGUCGGUUCAUAUAUCUAUAUUUUUACUGUAUCGCUUCCACUGGUCUGAGGCCAAGAUCAGCUAUGUCACCGCAAUCCAAGGGUUAAGCCGCCUACUUUCCAUGACCCUCCUCUUGCCGCUCGUGAAGAGACUCGCGCCCCAGGACGUCCUUGCAGACCCCGUAGCCAGCAUCCACUUUGACCUCAAACUCGUGAUCGUGGGCGUGCUGAUUGAGGCUAUGACCAUGUUCCUAUACGGCGCCACGCCUGUGGGCGAAGGGUUCUUUCUCGGAGGAGCCACGAGCUCGAUCGGAGCCUUUUUCUUCCCGGCAAUCCGUGGCAUCCUCUCACAGUCUGUCGCACCAGAGCUACUUGGACAGACGCUGGGAACUUUGGCGACGUUCGAGUCCUUGGCAGUCGUGGUGGGGCCAACGCUGUUCGCGUGGAUUUACGGUGCUACAUUAGAGACUCAUCCGUCAACUGUGUUUUAUGUAGCUGGAGUCUUGACGCUCUUGGGAGCUGUGUUGGCGCUUCCAGUGUUCAUUAAGCAUACCCGGGCGAUGCACCGUCGGCUUUAGAAAAAAAAAAUGCAGUAGAUGUUAUGGAGCGCGUUUUCGCGUUUGUAAAAGAUAUUUCCUUUAGAUCCGGAGUUUUUAAAUAUCCCCCUCCCUUCCCAAUAAAAGUUGUCGACAUUGUGCUCGUUCAAUGCAAAAAACGAGC